AUGGAGCGGGUGAACGACGCUUCCUGCGGCCCCUCCGGCUGCUACACCUACCAGGUGAGCAGGCACAGCACCGAGAUGCUGCAUAACCUCAACCAGCAGCGCAAGAACGGCGGGCGCUUCUGCGACGUGCUGCUGCGCGUGGGGGACGAGAGCUUCCCCGCGCACCGGGCCGUGCUGGCCGCCUGCAGCGAGUACUUCGAGUCGGUGUUCAGCGCCCAGCUGGGCGACGCGGGGGCGGGAGACGGGGGUCCCGCCGACGUGGGGGGCGCCGCGGGGCCCGGCGGCGGGAGCAGGGAGCUGGAGAUGCACACGAUCAGCUCCAAGGUGUUCGGGGACAUCCUGGACUUCGCCUACACCUCUCGCAUCGUGGUGCGGCUGGAGAGCUUCCCCGAGCUCAUGACGGCCGCCAAGUUCCUGCUCAUGCGGUCGGUCAUCGAGAUCUGCCAGGAGGUCAUCAAGCAGUCCAACGUCCAGAUCCUGGUGCCCCCGGCCCGGGCCGACAUCAUGCUGUUCCGCCCCCCCGGAACGACCGACCUGGGCUUCCCCCUGGACAUGACCAACGGGACCGGCCUGGGACCCAACGGGAACGGCAUCGCGGGCGGCAUGCAGCCGGAGGACGAGGCCGUGGCGCGGGCCGCGGGGGCCGCCGUCGCCGGGCAGGCGGCCCUGCCGGUGCUGCCGGGGGUGGACCGCCUCCCCAUGGUGGCCGGACCCCUGUCGCCGCAGCUGCUGGCCUCCCCGUUCCAGAACGUGGGGGCCGCCGCCCCGCCCCUGACCGGCAAGAGGGGCCGGGGGCGGCCCCGGAAGGCCAACCUGCUGGACUCCAUGAUGUUCGGGUCCCCGGGGGGCCUGCGAGAGGCCGGCAUCCUCCCCUGUGGCCUCUGCGGGAAGGUCUUCACCGACGCCAACCGGCUCCGGCAGCACGAGGCCCAGCACGGGGUGACCAGCCUGCAGCUGGGUUACAUAGACAUCCCCCCGCCGAGGCUGGGGGAAAACGGGCUGCCCAUCCCGGACGACCCCGACGGCCCCCGGAAGAGAAGCAGGACCAGGAAGCAGGUGGCGUGCGAGAUCUGUGGCAAGAUCUUCCGGGAUGUGUACCACCUGAACCGGCACAAGCUGUCCCAUUCCGGGGAGAAACCGUACUCCUGCCCCGUGUGCGGGCUGCGGUUCAAGCGGAAAGACAGGAUGUCUUACCACGUCAGGUCCCACGACGGCUCCGUGGGCAAGCCCUACAUCUGCCAGAGCUGUGGCAAAGGCUUCUCCAGGCCAGACCACUUGAACGGGCACAUCAAACAGGUGCAUACGUCCGAGAGGCCGCACAAGUGUCAGACUUGUAAUGCUUCUUUUGCUACCCGGGACCGUCUACGUUCCCACCUGGCUUGUCACGAAGACAAGGUCCCAUGCCAGGUGUGCGGGAAGUACCUGCGGGCGGCAUACAUGGCAGAUCACCUGAAGAAGCACAGCGAAGGACCAAGCAACUUCUGCAGUAUCUGUAACCGAGGUUUCUCCUCUGCCUCCUACUUAAAGGUCCAUGUUAAAACCCACCACGGUGUUCCCCUUCCCCAGGUCUCCAGGCACCAGGAGUCCAUCCCGAAUGGGGGAGCAGCGUUCCACUGCGUCAGGACCUAUGGCACCAAAGAAGGCCAGAAAUGCUCACAUCAGGACCCGAUUGAGAGUUCGGAUUCCUACGGAGACCUCUCUGAUGCCAGCGACCUCAAGACCCCAGAGAAGCAGAGCUCCAACGGCUCCUUCUCCUGCGACAUGGCCGUCCCCAAAAACAAAAUGGAGUCCGACGGGGAGAAGAAGUACCCUUGCCCGGAGUGCGGUAGCUUCUUCCGCUCCAAGUCUUACCUGAACAAACACAUACAGAAAGUUCACGUCAGGGCCCUUGGGGGCCCGCUGGGGGAUCUGGGCCCCGCCCUGGGGUCCCCCUUCUCUCCCCAACAGAACAUGUCCCUCCUGGAGUCCUUCGGGUUCCAGAUCGUCCAGUCUGCAUUCGCGUCGUCCCUAGUGGACCCGGAGGUUGACCAGCAGCCAAUGGGGCCCGAGGGGAAAUGAGGUCGAUACGGUCCCCAAGGAAACAGCAGUCUGGCGAUGGAAAGAUGCUGGGAAUGAGAAAAGAGAUGACGUCGUUGGGUUCUGUAGCUGAGAGAUUUUUAUUCGUUAUUAAAUUCCCCUCUUCUCCCUCUCCCUUCUAAAUACUCUUUAGAAAUAGCUUCUCUGCUGGUGCUCUGCAGGGAAGCCUGUAUGACCCAGGACAGGAUGUGGGGCCUACCGUAUAACACUACAUACACCUCUGAGGCUGCUCCAGGACGGGCUUUAGCGGAGAGAUCGAAACCAGAACCCCUGGGUUGAAAGUCCAAGCCGUCUUAGUGACCCAGUCUCUCCCCUCCCUUCCCACCCACUGUGUCCUGAGGAGAUCAGUAUGGCCCCCUCCCUCCCCUCGUCCUUCUCGCCCUUCUCCCCAUCGUCUUCUCUUCCCCACGAGAAGCAGCGGUAAAUUCCUAAUCCCUCCCCAACCCACCCGCCAACUUCCAGUUGCUCAUCCCAAAGCCGGAAGGCGGCGUCAACCAACAGAGCACGGCUUCGGUCACCCUGGGAAACUCCAAACUGAGAAUUGGUCCGAGGCAGGGCCCGGUCCUGCUGCCUGUGAGCAGGUGAGGUCCCCGGCAGAGGCGAGGUCAGCUGCUGGGGACGCUGACCGUUCCAACCUGGUCCUUUUUGUUAUUUUAACCGUUCAACUUGCUGUCGGGUUUUAAUUCUCUUAAUUAUUAUUAUUGUUAUUAUUUUUAGGACCUGUUGUAGUGAAUUGCUACUGAAAGCCAGUCCAGGUGAUAUACAGAGCUCUUUUGAAGCAGCAGUCAUGUUAGGAUUAGUAUUAAAUUUUUUUUUUUUUUUAGAUGUAUCAUAAUAACUUGGUUAGCUGAUGGUUUGAAGUCUAUGGAAGAAAUAGUUUUAUGCAAAAUUUUAAAAAAAACUUGCCAGUCUGGGGUGUUGGGGUUCUGUCUGGGAAGAGGAAAGAAGACAGCAGCUCACCCGUAUCGAGUACCACUGUUGAGUUGUGUGUGGAUACAUCUUGGUUUUGCUCAAUGAUAUGGAUUGAUCUGAUCGGACUGUAUUAAAAAAGUUAGUAUGUUACUUUC